UCACAGGCGGCUCUUUACUUAAAGUUGAAUCAGGAGCGGAGCGCAAAGUUUUCAGAGCCAGGACGGCGUUGCCUAGCAGCUGCGGGACGACUGACUGCUUCACGCUCGCUUUUUACCGGACUUCCCCCUUUCCUCCUCCGAACAGCUGAAAUCUGAUUUAUUGAAAGGAAUUUGUAAAACAGCAGUCAUGUCGUACACCGUGACACUGAAGGGACCCUCUCCGUGGGGCUUCCGCCUGGUGGGAGGACGGGAUUUCAGCACACCGUUAACCAUCUCCAGGAUAACAUCCGGCAGCAAGGCGGCCCAGGGUGACCUGUGUCCAGGUGACACCAUUUUGGCUAUCAAUGGUGACAGCACAGAGUUCAUGACUCAUAUGGAGGCUCAGAACAAGAUCAAAACAUGCACUCAGGAGCUCACACUCAUCAUCAGCAGAUCGGGAUCUGGAGAGAGAGUGUGGUCACCAACUGUCAGCGAAGAUGGAAAGAUAAGUCCGUACGCUGAGCCUGAUGCACAGAAUUUCCGUCCCAUCACCAGCAGUUCUGGGAACUACGGCCGUAAACCUUCGUACACCUCUGACCCGCCGUCGCCUCUCCCUCCUCAGCCCACUCACCUGAAUAAUGGACACACCAGACCCAACAACGGCCACAUCUAUGGAUAUGGGAACGGAAGUGGGCAUGCUCAGUACAACAACCCAGCCGGGCUUUAUGCUCACAAUGGCAGCAACGGGGACAGAUCCCUGCCAGGCAAGAUGGGAGGUCUCAGCCUGAGUGCCACACACAGUCCAGAGCCUCCUCAGUCCCCAGUGAGCCGUAAUGGUUUCGACCCCCAGUCAGAUGUCUACAAGAUGCUUCAGGACUAUGAAGAGCCAGUCUCUGCACCCAAACAGUCUGGAUCCUUCAAAUACCUCCAGGAGAUCCUGGACGCUGAGGACGGAGGUUUGUCACCAACAGAAAGAAUGAGAAGCUUAAGAUCUCCGGUCAGGUCUCCCAUACCGAAGCUGGGCAGCCCGAUCCCCAGCCCCAUGUCUGGCCUGCAGAAGCUGCCGCAGUGCUCACGCUGCUGUAACGGCAUCGUUGGCACCAUUGUAAAGGCCCGGGAUAAACUCUACCACCCAGACUGCUUCAUGUGUGACGACUGCGGCAUCAACCUGAAGCAGAGAGGCUACUUCUUUAUCGAGGACAGUCUGUACUGCGAGACCCACGCCAAGGCUCGCGUCCAGCCGCCUGAGGGCUACGACGUGGUCGCCGUGUAUCCAAACUCCAAGGUGGAGCUGGUCUAAGAGGAGGAGACUGGCUUCAUCUGUCGUAGAAAUGGGAAACCAAAAUCUAGUGGCGUGAGGAGCUGAGUGUGGUAGCCAGCUGUGAUCAGGCUCUGUCGUCUGACUGCUGAUGUUGGAUCAGUUUGCCUCCCUUGGUGUGAAAUUUUCAUGAUCCCAGAUCAGUACUCUCACUCUGACAGGUUUGAUAAAUGCGGUGCAUAUUGAGCAUAUUGAAAUUUGUAAGUUGAGGCCUGGAACCGAAGAAUCUUCAAAAACCAUUCAUUUGGACACUUCAUCAUUCAUCAUUCAUUGAAUCAUGUUUUAACCUUCCAAGAAAACCAAAUCACUUGCUCUCAUGAACUGUGUUCACAUGCUUUCAGAUCACAGACAGUAGUCUAAUAUUUAAUGUCAUUUAUGAAACUCACAAUGCACAUUUAAAAGAUGAGACAAAAACUAAAACUGAUUUCAAGAAAUACUUCUGUUUUCUGCUUAUAACAAUUUUUUGCUUUGCAUAUCCAUGGGGUCUGCAGUGAUCUGUGGUUUAAGUUUUGGUUAAAGGGGUUAAAAUGUCACUUAACAGUACUACAGCUAAAUAUUGUUCUUGUUCUGUUUCUAAUUUACUGCCAGUUCAUUUUUCACUUUUCAAUGCUGCAAAUAAGACUUUUUUCCCCCUAUUAGUGAACAUAUCAAUAACGUUGAUCAGAAGCUCAGAUUCAGAAGAAAUCAUUGAAGAAAAUAAAUCUGUAUGCAGAGUGAACUACAUUACCCUGCACUUAUUUCCACAUUAAAAUAGACAUAUUUUUAUACAGCUUUCCAUAAACAUGUCCAUCAACUCUAUGGUCAUUUUGCAGUAGAUUUGUUUGUUUGGCAGUCAGGAGAAGAACUGGAUCAAUAAAGUUAAAUACUUUUAUCCUGAAUAGAUCAAAAGUAUGCAUGCAAUAUCAAAUAUGUACAUUCAUCCCCCCUCAUAUUUGGCUAGAUAUCUCUUAAUUUGUACUUUACCUACAUGUUUUAUUGCUAUAAUCAAACAUCCUAUUGGGUGUAAAACCUCAGUGAAAAAUCUUGGUUCCUGACGCUGAAACCGUCUGUGAAGCUGAGACCAUAGAAACGUCUCAACGUCUCAACAUGAUCUCUAAUCAAAACCAGUUUUGAUUAGAGAUUCAGAUUAUUAUCCAGUUGGAACCUAAAUGGGUUUAAAGUUUCUGACAGUUCUCCUUCAUUUAUCGUUACACCAAAUCGGCACAAGUUUUCUUGGCAGAACAGAACCGCCACCCAGCAUGAUUCUGCCACUACUGUGCCGAUCACACUGAUCUUAUCUUAUCAGUGUUUGUCUUUGCCAGAAAAUAAAACUUUUCUGCAGAAGAUUUUCUGUGUUCAGAUUGUGUAGCUUCAACAAAAGAGGAAUUUAUUUUAAGGCUUUUUAAAUGUUUGUAUAGUUAUUAAAUCAGUUUUAAAUCGCUGAAGAACAACUUAAAAUGAUACUUUCAGUGACAUUAAAAUAUGACAUAAAAUUGUCAAUAAAUCUGAGCUUAAAACAAAUAAACUUUUUUUCCUGAAGCUUGGAAUCCGGCCGUUUGGAGCAGAGAACAGAUCUUGUCUGAGGAUGUUUUCUUACUUUUGCACCUGACUGGGAGAGGAAUUUCAACUAUUGCUCUGAAGCAUUCCUGCUCACACAAACAAGACUCCCUGGGUGUUUUUAAAGCCUCCUCCGGCUAAAACCAGAACCCCCUUCUUCUCCUGGCAGUUUUAAAUAUGACUUUAUGCAUUUGAGACUAGAGGGAACACAAUGGAAAUGGUUUCUAAUAAAAUUAAAAACUAGUAAACUUCGGACUUUAUGACAUGUGGGAGUAAUACCUGCAGCCUCGGGUUUUCUUGGUGCCAAAACAUCUCAUGGGGAGAGAAAAAGAGAGAAAUUGGGAAUAUGCAUGUUUCUAUCCUUAUUAAGAAUCCCCCAUGUGUCCACUUAGAGCCAAGGUCAUGAAGCCAAUAACAUUUAUUCAUCCAUUUCCUCUGAGGAGACGGGAAAGUGUCAGGAGGGAGAAGACUUGAGAUGAUAUGUAACUUCCUUUCCUGGAAGAAUAAAAAACAGCAUCAAAUUGUGACCAUCAGUCUUAUCUUAUUGUGCAUAGUGAAGUGAACUGGAUGGAGGAGAGUGAUAUUAUUCUUAAUUUUAGGAAAAUAUCUAACAAAGCUAUUUUUUAUAAUCUGAAAGAAUGAAUUUCACAGUAGUUCCUCCUUUGUUUUUAGCUUCUUUGCUUGUAAUUUCUUUAAAUUAUGUGAAAAACUUUAACAUCACCACAUGUUGUCUUUGAUCUUGUACAUAUUUUGUUUCAUUGGGAUUGGUUUAGAAUAACUUCUCACUUAUAGACCAUUUUUUCCCUCUGUUGUUUAACUUAUUGUACUUCCAACACAUUUUUCCUGUUUUUGUUUUUGUUUUUUGUAUCCUUGUCAUUUACUGUUCUUUCUUGGUUUAAAUAAAAUGAAAACUGUAAUUCCAUGA